UCAGAGACAGCUGCCGACUCCUUACUCUGCACAGCGCAAAUAAACGCCUACUUUCUUCCACCGUCUUCCCGCGCGCGGGGAGUAGCGCGGAUCGGGGGAGUUCUGUGACAGCAGGUGCUAGUCCACCUAUGCGGCUGGAAUAAUCUCAGGGAGACUCCUCCGCGUUAGCACCUUGCGACCCUGACUGGCCCAGGCGCUUCCUAGCCCGGAGACUAUCAGGAACCAGACUUGGCGAGAACGCAUCUCCAAAGCAGUGAAGCGUCUGCGGGGCCCCCGAGGGCUUGGGAUCCCGGCAGUGCCCAUGUCCAGCCUCCGCCUGCGAAGCCCUCAGCUCGGCCACCGCCAACCUGCUGCUCAGAGGGCGGCAUCUCUGGCCAGACCCCGGAGCGCCCGUUGGUCCGGAAUCUUUUUGCCGAGCUCACCGUGCUUCCGCCAGGAGGCCGGGCUCUUUUGGGUGAAGCACGCAUGAACCGGAAGCCAGUGGAGGAAGACUGGACCGUGGGAACCGACUGGUUUCACUAGGAGGAUGAACGUCCCUCGGGUCCUCGUGGCGGGAGGAAGAUGGAGACUCUUCCCAGUCCCACUGCGGUCACCCUUGCUCCAGGCCGUACAUAACUCCUGCUGUCGGAACAAAUCCACCACACCUCAGGAAGUUACUCCCAACGUCGAUUUUUGCGACGAAAAUGCACAGGAGUCAGAAAAGGCACUUGACAAGCUCUUCUCUGCGGAGCAGCAGGCUUCCAUCUUGCACGUGUUGAACACAGCAUCUAACAAAGAACUCGAAGCUUUCAAGUUACUCCGGGGGAGAAAGUCCGUCAAUAUUGUAGAGCACCGAGAAAAGUUUGGGCCAUUUCAGAAUUUGGAGAGUUUAAUGGCUGUGCCUUUGUUCCAGUAUAAAACUGCAGUUCGAGUGUGUAACUCCAUUCUUUGUCCAGACACUGGAAGGAAAAAACGGAAGUUACAGGAAAACCAGCGCUUGGGAAAGCUCAUCAAGCCAGACGUAGAGCUAGAGAGACUGAAGGCAGUUAGCAGUAUUGUAUCUAUUGUUUUUGGUACUCGAAGAAUUGCCUGGGCUCAUGUUGAUCGCAAGUUGACGGUGUUGGACUGGCAGCAAAGUGACUAUUGGAGAUUAAUGAGCAGAACGUACCCCUCCUCAGCCUACUUAGAAGAGAUUUCUUCAGUCAUUUCAAAGAUGCCUAAAGCAGAUUUCUAUGUUCUGGAAAAAACAGGACUUUCCCUUCAGAACGCCUCCCUGUUCCCCGUCCUGUUGCACUUUCACAUCACGGAGGCCAUGCUGUACGCCUUGCUGAACAGGACGUUCGCGCAGGACGGCCUGCACCAGGUGCUGAGCAUGCAUCGCAGCGCCGUGGGGAAGCACUUUGAGCUGAUGAUUGGCGACACGAGGACGAGUGGGAAGGACCUGGUGAAGCAGCUCCUCUCGGAGUCUGUCCUGAAGGCGCAGCCUCGGGUGUGCUUCCCGGCAGAUAAAGUAGUGCGCUACAGACAGCUGUUCUCAGCGACCGACCCUCACAGGAUCGAAGAGUUGUACGAUUCGUUACUGCAGGCUGUUGCCUUCUACGAAUUAGUAGUUUUUGACAAUGAGCCUUAGAGUUCUGAGAUUAAUACACCUGCUCUACUGGUAUAUUUACAGUUUAUUAGCCCUAACGUUGUAAAACCAGAGAUUCUGAACAUCCAUAUAAAUGAAGAAGAAAAUACAUUGUACCUGUAUUACAGAUGUUCAGACUUCCAGCUGUUGAGUGGUUUACACAAGGCUAAACCAAGUUCAAAUCAAUAAAUAUUUUAUGAAUCA